AUGUUUCGUUGGGUUCGUGCUCUUCGUCAUGGAACAGUGAGGAAGCAUCAUAAGGGAUAUGAGGAGGUCAUUCCCCCAACACCAACAGCACAAAUGAAAACCUGGGGAAAAGCUGAUGAAUUUGCUCAAGCUGCUUUUUGUGGAUAUAAUUCUCUGAACUGUAUUCAGAGCCGCAUAUUUCAUACUAUUUAUAACACUAAAGAAAAUAUACUAGUUUGUGCUCCAACAGGAGCUUGCAAAACAAACAUAGCUAUGAUUUCUAUUCUACAUGAGAUUGCACAGCACUUCAAAGACGGUUACUUGCAUAAAGAUGAAUUUAAGAUAGUUUAUGUUGCACCAAUGAAGGCAUUAGCUGCAGAAGUUACAUCAACUUUUAGCCAUCGCUUAUCUCCAUUGAAUAUGACUCUGAGAGAACUUACUGGAGACAUGCAACGUUCUAAGAAUGAACUUGAAGAAACUCAGAUGAUAGUUGCAACACCUAAGAAAUGGGAUGUCAUUACUCACAAGAGCAGUGACAUGUCACUUUCAAUGUUGGUGGAGUCUACACUGACAAUGAUAUGCAUUGUAGGCCUUUCAGCCAAUCUACCGAACUAUUUAGAGGUUGCUACAGUUUCUGAGAGUGAAUCCAGCUUUAAUUCUAGUUAUCGCCCUGUGCGCCUCUCACAGCAAUAUAUUGGUAUUAGAAAGCAGAAUUUUACAGCCCAUAUUGAAUUGCAGAAUGAGAUAUGCUACAAGAAGUUUGUUGAAUCACUCAGGAAAGAGGUGGCACUUGGUACUGUCACCAAUGUCAAGGAAGCUUGUGAAUGGCUUGGAUAUACGUACCUUUUCAUAAGAAUGAGGCUGAAUCCUUUGAUGUAUGGUAUUGGGUGGGAUGAGGUUGUUGCUGAUCCUUCCUUGAGUUUAAAGCAAAGAGCUCUCAUAGCAGAUGCUGCACGUGCCAUGGACAAAGCAAAAAUGAUGCGCUUUGAUGAGAAAAGUGGCAACUUUUUGUACAGAGCUUGGUCGAAUUGCAAGCCACUUCUAUAUUCAAUACUCAAGUGUUGA